UCCUGCCCUCAAAAUAAUGAGGUCCACAAACAGACGCUAAACCACCUCAACCACAAUUUCUCAUGGUCAGUUUCACUAAUCAACCGAUCAUUCCCCCUACUCUCGUAUAUAUGCUCUCGUAAAGGCACGAACACACAUCUCUAGUCCUGCAGCCUGCUGGGAAUCGCAAGCUAGGAUGGGUUCUUCCACCAUCCUUUUCUACUGCGUCGCUCUGUCCGUGGUCGCCGCCGCCGCCGUCGUGUCGUCCGCCGCCGAGGAGGCCGAGGGGCCCCAAGACGAAGCAGGCCGCUUCCUAUCAGCGGCCACCCUGGCGUCCUCCGAUUCCGACGCAAAGACGUCGCGCAGGGCGCUGACCAGCCAAGAGGAGAUAAUCGCAAAGCCGUGCCCGGUGGAGUUCGAGCAGGUGAAGGGGUUCGGAGAACUUGGGGCCAAGUGCAACGACAAGCAGACGAUGAAGGAGUGCUGCGAGCUGUUCAAGAAGAUCGCGUGCCCCUACAACCAUCUGCUCAACGACAUCACCAACGUCUGCGCGAACGAAUUCUUCUACCUCAUCCACACCAAGGGCAAGCUGCAGCCCGGAACCAUCUUGGAGAACUGCAACGAGGGCCCUAUGGGGAUCAACUGCUGAACGCCUCGAAGUACCGUACGUUGAUCAAUAUAUUCACCAUUUCUUAAUUUGAUGACAAAUUUUACUAUAGUACACCAAAAGUUUGUGAAAUUUACUUGUGGAUAUCGAAAAAAAAGUGUAAUGGUUAGAGGACACCAAAAAGCUAGUAAUUUGCCGGAGAAUAGUUUGGCACAAUUGGAGAGACAAAUUCUUCAAAAUACGAAUUAAAACAAGCUUAUGAAACUUUCUCUUCUCACACACAUCACGCUGGUUGGAGUCUGUGAAAUACGAAUUAAAAUUUAUCCUGCGCACAAGACCCCAGCAAAGUGAUAGAAUGAUGUAAUCUUCAGCAUAGUGAUAUAGAAUGAUGUAAUCUUCAGCAUAGAGAUAAAAUGAUGUAAUCUUCUACAUGUAAUAAGGAUCAAUGGAUCACUGGUGGUACAUUGGUGCA